AUGACAACUGCGAACCCACAACAGCGACAACUUACUCUGUUUCACAAGUUCAGCACCGAAGUUCGGCCAUCUGAGAUGGUCCAACGAGAUGAUCGAAUUCGUUCGAUGACAUGCGCAUUUGAGGAAAUUGCCGAGCCAGAGGAGGAGGAGGAUAUUCAGCUCCCAGAGCGAACUUCACCCGAUGGGCGAUCACCAUUUGCUAUCGCUUUUGAGUCGCCUUUUGCCGAACGGCGCCGAACCUCUCCUCGGAACCUUAGCCCAAAUUUCGCAAGGAAUUUCGCAUCACCACAACUAUGUCGUGGUUUGUCGGAUCCUUGCCUACGUCUUCGACAAACGCCAGCCAUGUUCGGAUCUCUGAGUCCCUAUAGACAUGAUUCUGGAUCUGAUCUGCUCACCCUUCCACCGAUUCCUGAGACAGCCUCAUCGUAAUCUCAUAAAUAUCACUGCGACGAGAUCCUUUAGCAUCGGAGCCUGUCUUGUUCGCGCAACAUGUAUUUACGUUGGUUACCGCAUUGUCCAAAGAGAAUCUGUCUCUAUGUAAAAAUCUUUGACCUGCAUCUGUACAUAACAAGUGUUUGGACCUUUUGAUCUUCUCAAAAAAAUUUUCUAGUUCUAUGAUCUCAUUCUAGUCUUCCUUGCUAGAACAAAAAUUUUGCAUUUUUUGUUGUAAGUUUUAUAAAGUACUUC